AUGCACCAGGAAUUUCCAUCCACGGAUGCAUCACCCUUUGGGAAUUUCCACCUGUGGCUACAAUCGCUCUUUGGGAAUUAUCAUCCAAGCUACCAACCUGGCCUUUGGGAAUUACAACUUGUUCUUCUAUCUGGAGCUAUCUAUCUUUGCGGAGUUUCAGCCUCUGCCUCUGUCUCCUUCUGGAGAAGUAUUGUCUGUGUCUCUCUGGAGACACCUUUAGGGAGCUAUAGCCUGUUAGGGAGCCUGUUUUGGGGAAAGUACAGCCUGUGCCUCCAACUGGAGCCAUCUUUGCAGAGGCACAGCCCGAGUCCUAUCUUUGGGGAGAAACAGCCUGUUCCUCUGGAUUCUUUUCGGAAAUACCACCUAUGCUCACACCACAUUUUAGGGAGGGACACCCUGUACCUCUGUCUUUGUGGGGAUACAGCCUAUGCCUCCCCAUCUCCUUUUGGGAAUCACCACCUAUGCCUCCGUCCGGGCUUUUGGGAAAUCCUGCCUGUGCCACCGUCUCGGCUUUUGGGAAAUACCACCUGUGCCACCAUCUGGGUUUUUAGUAAAUAUUGCCCAUGCCUUCAUCUGGGCCUUUGGGAAACACCACCUGUGCCACCAUUUUGGUUUUUAGGAAAUACCAUCUGUGCCUCUGUCUGGGCUUUUGGGAAAUGCUGCCUGUGCCUCCAUUAUGGCUUUUGGGAAAUACCGUCUGUGCCUCCGUCUGGGCUUGUGGGAAAUACGGCCUGUGCCACCGUUUUGGUUUUUGGGAAAUACUGCCUGUGCCUCCACUAUGGCUUUUGGGAAAUACCGUCUGGGCUUGUGGGAAAUACCGCCUGUGCCACCGUUUUGGUUUUUGGGAAAUACCGCCUGUGCCUCCACUAUGGCUUUUGGGAAAUACCGUCUGGGCUUGUGGGAAAUACCGCCUGUGCCACCGUUUUGGUUUUUGGGAAAUACCGCCUGUGCCUCCACUAUGGCUUUUGGGAAAUACCGUCUGGGCUUGUGGGAAAUACCGCCUGUGCCAGCGUUUUGGUUUUUGGGAAAUACCGCCUGUGCCUCCGUCUGGGUUUGGGAAAUAGCACCUGUGCCAUCGUCUGGGCUACCAUCUGGGCUUUUGGGAAACACUACCUGUGCCACCAUUUUGGUUUUUAGGAAAUACCAUCUGUGCCUCUGUCUGGGCUUUUGGGAAAUACCGUCUGUGCCACCGUCCGGGCUUUUGGGAAAUACCGUCUGUGCCACCAUCUGGGCUUUUGGGAAAUACCGUCUGUGCCACCGUUUUGGUUUUUGGGAAAUGCCGCCUGUGCCUCCGUCUGGGCUUUUGGGAAAUACCGCCUGUACCUUUGCUUUGGAGAAGGAGACACAGCCUUUGCCUCCAAUCUUGUUUACAGCUUCUGUCAUCUCUCCUUUUUGUUGUUUUUUGGGAGGAAAGGAGGGAGGGUAAUUUAUAUAUAGCCUUUGCCUGAUGUCUUUUGUGUCUUUUUGUGGCCUCUACCUCUUGCCUCACUGUUUUUUUUUUUCUUUUGGCAGCCUCUGCCUCCAUCUCUUGAAGACAGGAGUCAUGUCUCCCUCAAGCCUUCUCGCCUUGUGGCUAAACAUUCCCAGCUCCUCCGGAAGGACUAGCUUGACAGCUUUUCCCAAAAUGCAGUGCUGAAUGAGAACUGAACACCAUGUCCUAGAGGGGACCUGAGGAAGGUCUGACUAUGUUACCUUUUAUGAGAAAACAGAUGUGGAAGGAAUCCUGUAGGCCAUCUAGUCCCCCCGUCCUCAUUAUACAAGUGAGGAAGUAGAUCCAGAGAAAAGAUUUGCUCAAUCAUGCCAGCAGUAAGGGGCAGAGCUGAGAUUCACAUACACAUAUUUUGACUCCAACGUGCGUCUCACUUUUUGUGAUAUAGAAGUAACUGUGUAAACAAAGCCAAAUCAUCAGUAAAGGCUUGCUUUCCCUGGGCCCUAGAUCUGGGAGUUGACAGUUUAUGUCACUGUAACUCAUGGCUACCACCUGGGACUUCUUUCAUUAGUUUAUAACGAUUUCAAACCUGCUGAAAAGGACCAAUUUCCUGCUACCAAAUAGAACUUUUGUAUCAUGGCAUCUGGGUGCUGUCCUUGUGAGGCUGAAUCAGAUAGUAAGAAUGAAGUUUAUGUAAAUCGGAACUACAUGUGCUUUACCUUGUUGAAGGGCCAGCAUGGAGCAGACUCCCCCAAGAUGAGGUUGAAAUGCGUCCCUUUGGAGAAGGAGCCACUGAAGGACAGAUACAUACUGAUCUGAAGAAACAAAAGUUUGUAAAGCCUGCAGGCCACAAUGGCCCUCAUGGAUCAUUAAAAGACCCAGAAGACAGCUUCCCAUAGAACCUGCAUAGAAAAGAGCUCCAGCCCGCAGCACAUGACAAGAAGGCCUGGCUAUUGGAGGGCAUGACUGCCCUGAGAACCUCUGGCCACAUCAAGUUCUGCUUUUGUAAAAUUCAGGCUCUCUCUUAUUAUUCCACAAAUGUGUUGUUCUUUCUGGCAGUAGAAGGAAUCUAUUACAGUGAUGUUCCACGGUCUUUCCUGUAGAAUAGAAGCUCCUGGAGAGAUCAGCCUUUCAAUUUUGUCUUUGUACCUCCAGAAGAAGGCACUCAGUAUGUGUCUAAGAGGUGCAUGUUGAACAGAAUUCACUUGUGUUGUCCAACUCAUUGUUUCUGGUUUUCAUCAAACACUGCAGUAGUUCAGCAAUAAACCUCAAUGAUGCAGUAGAAA